AUGUGGAGCCCAUGGGAUUGCACAAAGCCAGGUCAGCUCAUCCCUCAGUGUUGGUCUGUGGUCCAAGAAGAAAUGACUUGGCAUAAUUCUGACUUGCAACCCAAAGCUAAAAGCAAUUUCCUAAUAUUACUUUCCUGUGCAAGUCAUUGCUGUGGUUGCCACAGGAAUGUUGUACCCUUCUUGGUUGGAAGGCAGAUGUUUCCUCUCAGUCAUCAAUCAAAGAGGAGCUGUCCACAAGGAUUACAAGGAUUAAAAGGGUCACAGGGUCCUCCAGGAAAGAUGGGCCCUGCUGGUCCAGAAGAAGCAAAGGGUUCACAAGGAGAAAAGGGUUCAAAAGGAGAUGUUGGAGAUAGAGGAUUGCAAGGAGUCCCAGGUUCGAAGGGUGACCAGGGAAUUGGAGGUCCUGCUGGGCCAAAAGGGGAUAAAGGUUCAUCAGGUGAAAAAGGAGCAAAGGGAGAAAUAGGACUGCAAGGAACCGCAGGUCAGCAAGGUCUUCCAGGAAAUUCUGGUUCCCCUGGGCCAAAAGGGGACAAAGGCCCAGUCGGUGAAAAGGGAGGAAAGGGAGACAAAGGAGACAGAGGGUUACAAGGAGCUACAGGUUCACAGGGUCCCACAGGUAAAACUGGGUUUUCUGGACCAAAGGGGGAUAAAGGCUCACAAGGUGAAAAAGGAACAAAGGGAGACAGUGGACUCUCCAAAAUCAACCUCUUAAAAAUACAAGUGCGCACUUUAGAAGGGAAGCUGGACACACUGCAAAACAGCUUCUCCAAAUACAAGAAAGUUAUAAUGUUCCCGAAUGGCAGAAUUGUGGGUGAAAAGGUAUUCAUGACCAGUGGCUAUGAAAGCAGUUUUGAAAAUCUGAAACAAAGGUGUUCUAAAGCUGGGGGCCAGCUUGCUUCCCCUCGGAAUUCAGCAGAAAAUGCUGCCAUCCAACAAAUUGUUGCUAUGCACAAUAAAGCAGCAUUUCUUGGCAUAAAUGAUAUACAGACAGAGGGGCAGUUCAGGUACCUAAAUGGACAAGCCAUUACUUACUCCAACUGGCUACCUAGAGAACCAAACAAUGAUAGAGGCGUUGAAGAUUGUGUGGAAGUCUUUGAACAUGACCAGUUGAGACCAUGUGCUGUCCAUGAUGAAUUGUUAAAAGAAACCGAUAUUCCCAUUUAUUGCUUAGGGCACAAAGAAGAUAACAAGGAGAAGAAAUGCACCCAUCCUGCCGGGUGGGCAGCAAGAAGACUCCAAGGCUGA